GCGGCCCCGCCCGGCGCAGCGUGGCCAUGGCGGCGGCGGCGGCGCGCGGGGCCCUGGCGGGGAUCCUGCGGCGCUGGGCCCCCCGCGCCCUCCCGCUCUGCGGCCCCUCCGCCCGCUGCGUCGGGCACGGACCGGCCCCGGCCCCGGCCCCGGCCCCGGCCCCGCUCUGGACCCCGCGGCAGCUCGGCGAGAACCGGCCCCGGGCAGGGACCCCCUCGGUGCUCAGCAGUGUCACACCUCUACUUCCAAGUUUACUCCAGCAGCCAGUGAGGACCCUCACCUACUGCAGCUUACGGAAAGGAAAGAGGAAAAGUGUGAAAUCUGUGGUGAAAAGGUUCCUCCGGCUGCACAAUGGCCUCUGGGUUAGGAGAAAGGCUGGUUAUAAGAAGAAGCUGUGGAAGAAGUCAGCUGCCAAGAGGAAGCGUUUGAGGGAGUUUGUGUUGUGCACAAGGACACAGUGUAAACUCCUGGAUAAAAUGACCACUUCCUUCUGGAAAAGGAGGAACUGGUACGUUGAUGACCCCUACCAGAAGUACCACGACCGCACGAACCUUCGUGUGUAGCAAUCUUGGCUUUGCACAUCUCUAGGAAAGGGGGAGUGGUUGUGUGGCAUGCUUCUUUGGAACAUAAAUCUGCAAUGCCUGUACUUUUUUUAAAUAAACAUGUGCAUAUCAUCUGAGCAGAAUUAUGGGAAUCAAUGCACAAAAUAAAGGAAUUCUCAAGAUUA